UAUUACGUCAUACUCCAAUCUCCAACUAUGUGUAUACUUGUCGCAAGAAGAGAUAAAAUUUUUCAGGAACGUUUGAAGACGGACUUUGGGUUAGAAGAGUCCAUGUACCAGGAAUAUGACGUAAUUUUGUGCUAUCGUCUGAGAAGGAACUUUAAUCUACCACCAUGGAUAAAGUGAACGUGAGAAAAGUUAGCGUGAAUAACAUGAAGGAGAGACUUCACUUCAAGUCCAUCCAGGCCAACCUGGAGCAGCGAAGGGACAGUCAGCUCCAGGCACACGGCAAAGAGGAGAGGGAAAUGUUGCGGCAGCUGGAGAAACUGCAACAGGACAAAAUUAGGUACGGUCUGGUAGAACCGUCGUCUUCGUCACCUUCAGCAAGAGCGUCUUCAGUAAGGGUCAUGUCUUCCACCAGACGAGGGUCUUUACCGGAGCACCUCUUACCGGGCCAUGUGGGCCCCUCCGGCGGGCCGAGACCGCAGUCCCCCUCCACGAGCUAUCGGGGCCUGGACGGAGUCUCCAAGUCUUCUCUUGCCAACUACAAAUCCUUCGCGUCCGGUAUUGAUCAAGAGGAAAGUCAACAGUCUCUGUCAGGACGAUCUGUGGCCAAACUGACGGGAUCCGGGCUGCUCAUGGACCCGAGAACGACCCUCCCCGGUCCACAGAAUCCCGAAAACUCGAUGACGUCUUUACGCGGGACAGGCAGCGUUUCCCGCCGCUGUGCGAUGUCCUCCACGGCGGGCUCCUCAGCAAGCAUCGCUACCGGGGAGCGGUUUCGUAGACUAUCGGUAGGCGGCGCUUCUGGACUGUAUUCAUCCUCCAGCGCGGAACUGCGGGAUGGAGCCGAGUCUUUCAGCACAGACAGCAGGUCCACGAUGUCAACUGUGGUCGGUAAAAAGGCACCUGGGCUGGCGUCCAGUCGGCACAGUAUCUGCCUCAUCAGUUCCGGGAACAGUAGCACUGCAGAUACAAGGAGGGCGAAAGCGUCACCUGUGCCGGGAGAGGCGCAGCGGUACCACCACAUGUUGUCCACAGAAGCUCUGGAAACUCUCCAUAAACUGGUAAAAGAGUCCAGACAUCCUACCAGACCGGCGACAGAUCUGAACGUGCGCCUCCCGCCCAUCUUCGGGCCCGUCUGCUCCGUCAACAAGAGGAACCGUAAGAAGCUGAUGGCCCUGCAGCUGCUGAUGAACCAGCUCCCGUCCAUCGUGACGCAGCCGCCCACCCCAGAGUUCAACCCGCUGGAGGUGCUGAGCUGUAGGUAUCUGCGUCUGUCGGCCACUAACGUGGAGACGCUGACAGACAUGUGCCGCCAGGCCGGGAUCGACCCCGGCAUCCAUCCUCAUAUGACCCCGGAACAGCUGGAGGAGGAGAUCCGCCAUCUCAUGGAACCUCAGGGGCAGGCAUCCACCCAAACACUCGUUCCCAGUGGAGCUCACAAGCAGUAACCCCUUCACAAAAACUCGUUCCAAUUGGAGCCCACAAGCAAGAAACCCCUUCACCAAAACACUCGUUCUCAGUGGAGCCCACAGGCCGUAACCCC